AUGUCUUCAUCAGAUCGCGUCCCAAUCCCUGCGCCACUCCUUAAUAGCAAAGCGGUUUUCCGACAUAGUUCUAGAUCAGCACCAAACUCGAGCCUUGAAACGUUUCAACUUGGCGAUGUACUACAGACUACAACCAACGUCACUAGACGUGCAACUCUAAGCCACCUGAACGCAGCGCCACGGAAGAUCAGCAUAGCCAUUGACAGCCUGGGCACGGUAAAGGAAGCCCAAGUCUGGAAGAAAAAUGCACCCACCCAACAGCUACAACGACCUGCGAGCGACGAUUCGUCCAACACCCAGCUUCCCGAAAUUGACGAGGAAAGCGACCUGGCUGAAACAUUGGAGGCAGUGACUGAUGCUAUUAGCCGACGUAGUCACAGAACACACGCCCGGCAGAGAUCUUGGAGUAUUAGAGCGACCACACGACCAGAUGAGUCGGCUACAGAAUCUCAACGCCGGCAUCAGAGCGUAAGCAAUCGUCCAGGACAAGGAUUGCCUCCCAUUGCAACCAAGUUUCCUGGGAGGUCGGCGCUCAAACGUUCAUCCUCAGCAAGUGAGCACAAACUUCCAUCGACGCCCAAAAGUGCCCAUCUGGAUCCUCUAAGCAGAAAAUCAUCUUCUACUAGCAGUAACCCUGGAGAUACAUCUUUGACUUCUACGGAAUCACGAUCUUCGCAUGCCCAUUUUCCGUGGCACAAGGUAUCAUGGGAGGAAUCAAAAGCGAACUCUGAGCCAAAAUCGCCGGGUCACUCGCGCAGGAGCUCUUUCCACCCUGGAGGACGGCUGAAAGCCGGUCUGGCAGCGACGAGGCGUGUAUCGCACGCCUUUUUACAUGACCGCAAGUCGAGCAUUGCGAUGCUCUACGAGACUGCCAAGAUCCGAAAGCUCCAGCUCGAGCGCAGUAAGCGGUUCCAACUCAUCUUCGAAUAUUCCGUUUACCUCCUUCUCCUGGCUCUGAUCUACUUUGUUUGCGUCGGCAGACCUCUAUGGGGAGGUCUCGUUUGGUACACGUACGUCUUGUUUGCAAACUAUUUAACGGUUUCAGCUGGACUAGUCGUCGUCGCCACUUUGUCUGGUUCUUACGCUUUUGCCCCCCUGUUCAUUAUCUUUGAGCCCGACCCAUCCCCCAACGAGGAGAAUUCCAACACUGAAGGUGCGUCUAGUGCAAACGACACUGCACUUGUUGUUCCUUGUUACAAGUCCGAGCAAUUGAUCGGCGCAACCAUCGAGGCCGCGUUGGUAGCGGGAUUUCCUGCUUCCAGCAUCUUCGUAAUAGCCAACGGAAACUCACUUACGCCAUUGGACAACACCGAGGAUGUUUGUAUGAAGUACUCUGUCAACCACUUCUGGUGUCCCGUUGGAAGUAAAAUUGUCGCCCAAUAUGUAGGGUGUUACGUCGCCAAGGACUUUCCCUACGUCCUUAUGGUCGACGACGACUGCAUCCUGCCGCCCAACUUUCCGAUCAAAUCCAAUUUGAUGCGCGAGAACCCCCAGAUCGGCUGUGUCGGGUAUACUAUCAAGUCCGUAGGCCCAAAUAGGAGCCGUGGAACACUUUGUCAGCAAGCUCAGGAUCUUGAAUACAAGCUCAGCGGCCUGCAACGUGCAUUUGCCGGCAAGUUGGGCAGUGCAACUUUUGGCCAUGGUGCAAUCUGCCUGUGGGAAAACGAAUUCGUUCGAAAGGUAUUUCAGCAUCACCCUGGCUUCUCAGUGUCCGAGGACUGGUUCUUUGGCCAUGUGAGCCGGGAGCUUGGAAAACGUAUAGUUAUGUCAACCUCUGUAUUUGUCGAAACGGAAACUCCGGCUGCAGUUUUCAUUGGAUCCGGCGGUGCACGGGGCGGCUUUGGCGAGAUGACAGUUUUCUCUCAACGAUUCAAACGAUGGAACUUCUUCUUCGUCAACGGAAUCUACUACAACUUCCAGUACAUCUUCUUCUCGUGGAAGCUUGGGUGGUGGGAGAUCGGGGCCAAAAUAUUCGUGUUUCAGGAAAUCUACGAGACGCUUCUCUACCUGAUAGCACCACUUGUGCUGCCGAUCAGCUUCGUGGUGCAACCGUUGUUCUCAGUAUACGUGUUUGUGGCGGUGUAUGUGAUGUACCUGAUCAACUCUAUCAUCUUUAAUGAGGUGCACCUCCGGCUCAAGAAGGAAAGAGUCGGUCUCAUGAUGCUGAUAUUCUACUACAUGCCAUACAAAAUCGCUCUGACAGCUGUCAACGUCGGUAGCUGCUACUGGAGUCUGUGGAAAUACGCCGCCUACUUUGCAAGACGUCACCCAAAAAUCGUCGAGGACGAAAAUGUGGUUGGUGUUGUCCUCAAGCUUGAAGAAGGAGAAUAUAAGACUGCUGGCACAAUGGGAAGUUAUGGAGAGGCCCCAGCCAGCGAAGGCGUGGAUCCCUUUGAAUGGCAGCGAUCUGGUUCAUUUGUCAUGACAGAAUCCGGAUCUAGCCGCCCAACAAUCCGAAGAAGAAGAACAACAGUCACUACGCUGGAACUUGAAGUGAGCCCCUAUGGAUCGACUGACAUGGGCGAUGCCACCCAGACCUCUUAUGCAGUCACUGCACUGGACCAGGCUCACGUUGCAGUACGUGAUUUUGCCGCAGUAUAA